AUGGGUCACCAUUCAUGCUGCAACCAGCAGAAGGUGAAGAGAGGGCUGUGGUCGCCGGAGGAAGACGAGAAGCUCAUCCGCUACAUCACAACCCACGGCUAUGGCUGCUGGAGUGAAGUCCCCGAGAAAGCCGGGCUCCAGAGAUGCGGGAAGAGCUGCCGGUUGAGGUGGAUAAAUUACCUGAGGCCGGACAUUAGGAGAGGCAGAUUCACUCCCGAAGAAGAGAAGCUCAUCAUCAGCCUCCACGGCGUCGUUGGCAACAGAUGGGCUCAUAUCGCAAGUCACUUACCCGGAAGAACAGACAACGAGAUAAAAAAUUAUUGGAACUCAUGGAUCAAAAAGAAGAUCAGAAAACCUUCUCCUUCUCCUCCACCACCACCACCGUCACACUCCUCCUUACUCCUCCAACCUCCGCCACCAUCCUCUAGCCGGCAGCAGCAACCGCCAGCUUCCAACGGCGCCCAGUUAGUUAACAUAACCAACGUCAUAACCAAUAAUAACUACCCAACUUCCACCCAACUCCUUGACUUUUCCACGACCGCCCACCAACCCGACCCGACAUCAUUAUUACCCGCAGGAGGACGCGGGCCCCACCACCUCCUCCCGCCACCCGCCGACGCCAUCUUCCCUCCUCCUCCGCUCUUCAUCUUCGACGCCGCAGCGGCUGCCGGCGAUCACCAGAGCCAGCUUUUCAACGAGGCUGCGGCCGGAGGAUGGAACGACUUUCACAACCACCACCACCACCACCAUCAUAACCACAAUACUACGCCGCCGCCGCAGCCGUUCGGGUUCCUGCCACCGUUGUUCGAGAGCGAAGGGGAGCACAUGGAGGCGGCGGAGAGCAUGGCGGCGUUGAGGUGCCUGCAGAGGCACGGGGAGCUGAUGAUGAGCGACGACUGGGCGCCGGCGUCGUCGGGGAGUUUCCUGUUCUGGGAGGAGAACGACGUGGUUGUCGACGGCAGGGGAGUGCUCGCCGGCGGGGAGGUGGAUGGAGUGAUUGGCGGCGGCUGUUCGAGUAAUGCGGCGCCAAAUAUGGCGGCGGUAGGAGGGAUUUCGAAUUCCGCUCCUUUUGCUUCGUCGCUAUAG